AUGAGUUGGUACAUUUCCGUUCCCUUUCAACAAGCUAUUUCUUUGCGUUAAUAAAUACGUCGUGGGGAAAACAUUUGAAUCAUAUGAAAAGUGAUGUAGAUUUCAAAGCGGUCUUUGUAUUUCGCUUGUUUUUCAAAUAUAUUUUUUAGCUUUUAUCAGAACAACUAUCUGUUGAUAUAGGACGUGGAGAUUCAGCUGUCACUUCAAGCCCUUCUCACUGGAGAGCGAAGCAAAUAGCCAACAGGGCAGCACAAUAAUUCAGGGCAAUGAGGAAAUGGACCACUGAGUCGUAAUGGACCCUUUAGACAGCUCCGAAUCGCGUCUUGUUGAGUCGGCGAAUGCGGCAGAGAAUGCAGAAUCGAGUUUGCCAUGGGCCCGUUUCUCGUCGUGGCUGGAGUGUGUCUGCGUCGUUACCUUCGACCUCGAGCUCGGCCAAGCCAUAGAGCUUGUGUACCCACACGAUGUGAAACUAACUGAGAAAGAGAAAACUAGCAUUUGCUACCUGUCCUUCCCUGACUCUUACUCAGGAUGCCUUGGAGACACCCAGUUCAGCUUCAGACUGCGUCAGUCUGUGGGCCGAAGGGGCUCCUGGUUCGGAGAGGAGGACGCCUACAGCAGAGACGCACCUGUCACACUACAGCGAGAGCUGGCCCAUUUCUAUGGCUAUGUCUACUUCAGACAAGUCAAGGACGCCUCUGUCAAAAGAGGCUACUUUCAGAAGUCUCUUGUACUGGUGUCCAGACUACCAUAUGUCCACCUCUUCCAGUCCCUGCUGCAGAUCAUAGCUCCAGAGUAUUUUGAGAAGUUGGAGCCUUGCCUUGAAGCAGUGUGCAACGAGAUUGACCAAUGGCAAUCUCCGGUGCCAGGGCUGACACUCAACCUGCCUGUGAUGGGCGUGGUCAUGCAGGUCAGGAUCCCAUCCAAAAACGACAAACCAGGGGGAAGCCCGGAGAAACAGGCACAAAAGGAGAAUCUUCUACCAGCCCCUAUGAUGCUACCGACCAUACAUGAGCUUGACCUGUUCAAGUGUUUCCAGUCCUUCCUGAUCCACCUGCAGAUGCUCUGGGAACUCAUGCUGCUCGGGGAGCCUGUGGUCGUCAUGGCACCCUCUCCCACUGUCUCCUCGGAAACCGUGCUGGCCCUAGUGAGCUCGAUUGCGCCACUGCGGUAUUGCUGUGAUUACAGGCCCUACUUCACCAUACACGACACUGAGUUUAAAGAGUAUACCACUAGGACACAGGCACCUCCCAAUGUGAUUCUGGGGGUCACUAAUCCCUUCUUCAUAAAGACCUUCCAGUCCUGGCCCCACAUUAUACGCCUUGGAGAACUCAAGAUGUCAGGUGAUCUGCCCAAGCAGGUGAAGGUGAAGAAACUAGCCAAGCUGAAAACACUGGACACCAAACCAGGUAUCUACACAGCACAUAAAAUGUUCCUUCAAAAAGACAAGUCCCUCAUCAAAAGACUCCUAAAAGGGAUCCAGAGGAAGAGGCCGUCUGAGGUGCAGAGCGCCAUCUUGAGGAGACAUCUGUUAGAACUCACACAGAGCUUCAUCAUCCCACUGGAACGUUACCUGGCCAGCCUGAUGCCUCUGCAGAGGUCUGUGACUCCUUGGAAGACCCCUCCUCAGAUCCGUCCCUUCAGUCAGGAGGAGUUCAUGGGGACUCUGGAGCACGCUGGACCUCAGCUCACCUCUGUGCUUAAAGGGGAUUGGGUGGGCCUGUACAGGAAAUUCUUCAGGUCCCCCAACUUCGAUGGCUGGUAUCGUCUGCGACACAGGGAGAUGACCCAGAAACUAGAAUGUCUCCACCUAGAGGUCGUCUGUGAUGCUGACCUGCUGGGUUGGACCAAAGACAAGUCAGAGGUGGAGAUCGUGGACCUGGUUCUGAAACUGAGAGAGAAACUGAUGAAGGCUGGAAAGCAGCAGCUCCCGGUGAAAGAAGGGGUGCUGGAGAAACUAGAGGGAUACCUCCAGACUGUCAUCAGCUCUCUACCAGAGGACCUGCAGACUGUACUACACAGAUACUGACGCUAACACUGACGCACUUCUGAAUAUAUAUAUAUAUAUAUAUACACCGACACUGAAUAGUGUUUUGUUUGACGUCUUUUUAAUAACAACCUGAAACUAAAAGUAUUGCCAUCACCCAAACCACUACCCCCUCCGAGUAAGAUAAUGGAAGAUUUAUAACUAGAAGUGUAGGUAAUAUAAGAAACGUAGCUGUUUCAUCAUGACAGUAACAUUAGGUCAAGGGGAAUAGAAAGUAGUUGAAAUGUAGGCUUCAUGAGAUUAUGCCUUCACUAAGUAUCGUGAUUGUUGCUAGAGGGAUUGAAGCAUAUACCUGGGAAGAGGGACAUGUGAGUAUAGCCUUUUGCUCUAAUCCAGAUAUUUAGAUGUAACAUGCAUAGUUGUUAGCGUAAAAUAUAACUAGCAUAUGCACCUUUUUUAUUUAUUUGUCAUUAAACCCAAAAAAGGGGUGAAUUACAUUUAAGUGAC